UCAGUCGAGAAGCCCCCAAACUUGGAAAGAACCAAGCAGGCAGAGCAUUUGCCCAAACGCAAAGUGCCUGAAAACAUCGGGAGGACGCUAAAUUACUGCCGUGAAAAUAAUUAGAAUAAAUAAUUCGGAUUAAGGAAGAGCCACUGGAUUAAACAGAAUGGAGGGGUGUGACAGCCUCGAGUUGGAGAUGGCAGACCUGGAGGGGUUUCAGUGUGUGUCUCCUAGUGCCAUCGACCAAGACGACGAAGACGAAGUAGAGGAACUUCGAAACAGCCUCCGAGAAGCAGUGCAGGACCCGUCGGUGAAGCCCAAAAUGCAGUGUCUAAUGGUGGAUCCGUCCUUCUCCAUGGUGACCGUCCAGAGCGAGGACAGCGGUAUAGUCUGGGAGACGGCAUCCAGCCGCUGCUCCACCCCCUGGGCCUCGGAGACAAGCUCCAUCUCCGAGGGCUACAGCAUGGACAGCUCAGGCACUCAGGGUCAGAUCACCAUCGUCUUUGAUGACGAGCAGAUCGUCCGCAGGAGGAUCCGGUCCGGAGGGAGGAGCAGCAGGCUAAGCGACCGGCUCAGGAGACCCGGGAGUUCAAGAUCAGGCUCGGCUCUUGGGGUGGAGAGACUCGAGAUGGCGGAGGUCUCCGUUCCCAACGUCCCCAAGCCGGAGACAGCACAAGGGGAGACAGACUUGGAGGAGAUCAAGGACAAAGAUCAGCAAUUGUUCAGUUUGAUUUCGGAGGGCUAUGAGAUUCUUAACAUCAGAGUGCCUUCCAAGCUGCCCACCGUGGAUGAGGAGGAGAGCAUUGAGCUCCAGGACAACUUGUCUUAUCUGGACAAGACGCCUGGGAUUAAGUCCAAAAAGGUUUCACCACAGAGUCAAGACCUGUCAGAAGAUGUAGAGGUGGAGAUUGUAAAGAAUAAAGAGGAUCCUACCGACGCUGUGAUUGGGGAUUCAAAAAUAAAGAGGCGCAGCACUGGCGACAUGGACUACUUUGAGCAGUUCACCCUGGUGGAUGCGGUGGUUCCUGAUGAACAAGCUCCAGAGUUGCAACAGGAGGUGACCGUCCCGGCAGUGACACCGCAUGGAGAGAAGGAGACUGCUGCACGGGGGACCUCCACAGACAGCCCCACUGAGUCAGACGAGUCCUUCGUCUUUGUCACUGACACAGAGCUGGCCGGCGAUCACCUGGAUCAGAUGUUCUACGGCAACGGGCCUCAAGCAGCCUCUGGUCAUACUCCGCAGAGUGGGGAGGAGGCUGAGGAGAAUUCUGGAGAGAAGAUGCGAGUGAGAAGGGCGAGCCAGAGAUCGCAGAAGGACAACGGCGCAGUGUUGUUCUGCAGCGAGCAGACCGUCCUCACCCCCAUCUUCCUCUCCCCUGGCCCCCCUAAGAUCAUCGACCAGAUCCUGCUGGACGAGCCCACGGCCAUGUCCUACAUGUACUCUGACCUGUACGAGGAUGCCGUGGGGGAGAGGGCGGCUAGCGAAGAGGAGCGCUCCGAGGCCGGGCAGGUGGUCCCGGAGAAGAUCUUCAUCAGACGUCUGUCAGACUCAGAGGAGGCGGACGGAUACCUGGAGAUGUUCACCCUGAGAGAUGAAACCUCUAUGGUGGGGCUCCAACCAGUGGAGGACGAGAAGGAGAGGAAGGGGAGGAGGAGGAUGUGGUCACCGAAUGCCUUUGAAAUGACUGGAAGUCUGACACGGGUGAAGGAUGAAGUGGAAGUGCAGGAGCAGGUGAAGACUGAGGAAGUGAGAAGGGAGGAGGUGAAGGAAUGUGCAGUUGAGAAAAAUCUAGAAUCGAAGGACAAGGGAGAGGAAGAGAGCAUAGUUACCCAAAUUAAGGUUGUUGAAGCAGAGUCCUCUGCGUUGCGUGAUGAGAACGUCAGCCCAAUACAAACAUGCCCAGAAGAUUUAACAGAGAUGCCGGAAGAGAAGGAAACUAUUAAAGAUAGGGAAGAGAUACAGGAGGAAAUGGAAGUUCACAGUGAACCCGUUGGGAGUGGCGUUGACAAAACAGAAAGUCUCCCUGAGACACAAGAGGUGGAAAUGGAGGUAGCAGAGAUGGGAGGAAGUAAGGAACAACAGAGAGCAGAGGUACCUGGCCCUGAACCACAAGUGAAAUCUCAGCUACAGGAAGCAAGCAACGAUGCUGAAGCGGUGGUCGUGGUUAAAGCGGUUGCUGAGGCUAAAGAAGAGACGUCUACGAUGAUUGUGCCCGACGUGGUCAUUAAACCUGAGGCCAAAAGUGACAUUGUAGACAUAACUCAAGUCCCUGCCAGAAUUGAAGAGGCUCCAGAUGAAUCUAAAAUUAAGGAGAGUGUGAGUGAAGAAGCUGCAGUUCAGAAAGAAGACAGAGUAGAUGAGAUAACAGUAGCCAAAGUUGAUGUGACAGGCGGAGUAGAAGUAGAUGAGACCUUAACCCAGGAACCACUUGAAGCUGAGAAAUCGAGUAAUGAGCCAUUAAGUGGGGAAAUGGAUUCAGCUUUGAUUGAAAGGGAUGAACCUGCUCCAAUUAUUAUCGAUAGCAAGGCUGCAGUACAAGCAGCAGUAGGGGUAGUAGAAGAAGCACUGGAUAAAACAGAGAUUGUCCUGAACUCAAAAACUGACAGUAUAUACAGUCCUGAAGUCAUGGCUGUCAAUCACAAGCCAGACAUUAAAACACAGGUAGAGCAACCUGAGUUUGAGGCAGAAGCCAAGCCUGGAUUAGACAUAAAUCUAACUGACAUUUCUGCAACCGAUCAGAGUCAACCUGAGUUGAAAGAGGAGUCAAUAACCAUUGAAGAAUUAGACAAAAAAGAGCUGCAAUCUGAUGCAUCUAAAAUAUCUUCAGUCCCCACCCGUCACACAGUUAAUGUCGGUGAUGACUUUGUCCUCCUUGUCCCAAGGGGGAAAGCUGUAGAAAUGGACAUAGACAUAGGUCGGUCGUCAGAGAGUGUUGACAAUAGUGAUCCUGAAGGGCUGGCUGAGGCGGUGAGAACAGGUGAUGACCUGCUUACUCCACCAGUCCGCCCAGCAUCUCCAACACAACCUGAACCAGAAAUUAAACCUGAUCUUUCUAAAGAUGCAGAGGAAGAGAAAGAAGCAGAUGGGGAUUUGGAGCAAGAGGGUGGAGUGCUCUCUCGCCUCCGGAGCUUUACCCCCCUAGAGGACCUGUCUGGAAUACAGAGGGAGGAGGUGAGCUCUGCAGCAGAGAUGAGCUCUGUGGCGGAGGGGAGCUCUGUGAUGGAGGUGAGCUCUGCAGCAGAGGUGAGCUCUGUGGCGGAGGUGAGCUCUGCAGCAGAGGUGAGCUCUGUGGCCGAGGUGAAGUCUGUGGCCGAGGUGAGCUCUGUGUCAGAGGUGAGGCCUGCGGCAGAGGUGAGCUCUGCGGCGGAGGUGAGCUCUGCGGUGGAGGUGAGCUCUUUGAAAGAGGUGAGCCCUGUGAUGGAGUUGAGCCCUGCGGUAGAGCCGAGCUCGGCAGCGGAACUGAGGUCUGCUGCAGAGGUGAGCUCUGCGGCGGAGGUGAGCUCUGCGGCGGAGGUGAGCUCUGCGGCGGAGGUGAGCUCUUUGAAAGAGGUGAGCCCUGUGACGGAGUUGAGCCCUGCGGUAGAGCCGAGCUCGGCAGCGGAACUGAGGUCUGCUGCAGAGGUGUGCUCUAAGGUGGAGGUGAGCUCUGUGGCGGAGAUCAGCCCUGCUAUUGAGGUGAGCUCUGUGGUGGAGUCUAGCUCUGCGGCGGAGGUGAGCUCUGCAGCGGAGUUGAGCUCUGUGCCGGAGGUGAGCUAUGUGACGGCGGUGAGCUCUGUGGCGGAGGUCAGCCCUGUGACGGAGGUCAGCCUUGAGCCGGAGUUGAGCUCUGCAAUGAAGACGCUUGGGAACGAUAUCAAGCCAGAGACCGACGGAGCCUCUGCUGUCCCAGUGAUGAAUAAAGACGGCGCAAACCAACAGGUGCAGCAGCCCACAGUAGAUGACCUCCCUCAGGCUGAGUUGCACAGAGAGGCUGUCAAGGAGAUAGAUCAGACCGCUGAAGGUCUGCCCGAAGCUGGGAGUCCAUGUGGUGACUUGUCUACUCCACCAGUCCACCCAGCAUCCCCUCCGUCACAACCUGAACUUAGAGUCACACAACCUGAACCAGAAAUACAACCUGAUCCCUGCUCAGAAGAGAAAGCACUACCUGUUAAAGAAUUGUGUGAGGAUUCCCCUUCACUCCCAGUUGAUGAAGAGGAGGCCAAUGCAGAAGAAGAGAAAGAAGCAGAUGGGGAUUUGGAGGAAGAGGGUGGAGCGCUCUCUCGCCUCCGGAGCUUUACCCCCCUAGAAGACCUGUCUGGAAUACAAAGGAGCCCCGUGACGGAGAUGCACACAGACGAUGUCGAGCCAGAGACCGACGAAGCCUCUGCUGUCCCCGAGGCGAGUAAAGACGGUGCAGACCAACAGGUGACGCAGCCCACAGUAGAUGACCUCCCUCAGGCUGAGUUGCACAGAGAGGCUGUCGAGGAGACAGAUCAGACCGCUGAGGAACUCGAGUAUGAGAUAAUAACCAAACAGGAAGCAAGAGAGAUGCCAGCGCCCGAGGAGAAACCAGUCGCAGAGCAGCCUGAGCUCCAAUCUGAGGAGGAGACGAUUGAGACGGAGAAGCAGGAUAUGGAGAUUAGGAUGGAGGAGAGGGAGCCAGGGCUUCUGCCGAGAGAGGAGUCCAUCGAGGCUGACUAUGAUAUCAUUGAUGCUGAGGAGGAGAGCCAGUCCAGGGCCGCUGCGGAGCUGCAGGGGAUGAACUGGUUCUGCCUGGCCUGUGGCUGUCUGCUGUCCGAGGAGGCCUGUGCCUCUGGAGAACACCAGGACCACGAACGCACCUCUGUGGACGGAGCCUACGAGGACAUCAAGGAGAAGCUGAGCGAUUGGAUCUCUGAGCUGCAGGCGAGGUCAGAGAACAUUGAGGACAUGGUUUCCGAGCUGGAGCUAGCUUACAACUCUGUGGAGGACCAGUGUGCUGAGAUCGAGGACACCAUGCAGGGCCAGAACGAGGAGAUGAUGGCGCUGGUGAUGGAGCAGUACAACGGCAUGUCUCUCAGCAUGGAGGAGGAGAAGAAGGCCAAGCUGGAGCAGCUCUAUGACCAGAUCGUCUCCUCCCAGGAGAACAUCGACUCGGCCAAGGGCAUCCUGGAGACCACUGUCCGGGAGGCUGAGACCGAGGCCCGGUCACCCGAAGACAUUGAGAAAAGGUUGAAGGCAGCUUUGAAAAGCGCCAUGUCCCUGGAGCUGGGCCCCAAAGGCCUGCUGGUGUUUGAGAACUACACCAAGGGAAACAACUCCAGCGCACAAAAAGAACAACGCAAGGGGAUCCCGGUGCCCCUGAUCCCCACAUUACAACCCCAGGAGCCAGGCUCAGCCACCAGCACCAGUGUCACGGUGUACUGGAACGUGAACCCCGGGGACAUUAUAGACUGCUUCCAGGUCUACUGCGUGGAGGACCCUCAAGGAGCGGUGUCUGAGGAGUACCGUGUGACCGUCAAGGAGAGCUACUGUGUCCUGGAGGAGCUGAAGCCCAACAAGACCUACCGGGUUUGGGUGAUGGCGGUCAACUAUUCAGGCUGUUCCCUGCCCAGUGAGCGGCUAGCCUUCAGCACAGCCCCCUCUGGGCCGGUGAUUGACCCAGCGAACUGCAGCGUGCUGUGGGGCUCGGCCACGCUACGCUGGGCCUCGGAUCCCCUGUCCCCUGGCUGUAGUUACACUCUGGAGUACUGCCGCCAGUACGAGCCGGAAGGGGAGGGUCUCAGGUCUAUCUCGGGUAUCGGAGGCAAUGAGCAGAAGGUUCUACUGCAGCCCAAUGAGAACUACCUGUUCUACAUCAGAGCAGUGAACGAAGCCGGAGGCAGUGAACAGAGCGAGGCUGCCCUGAUAUCCACCAAGGGGACGAGACUCUGUUUAUUGAAGGCUUCAGCUCACCCUCGCCUGGAGGUGUCAGAGGACCUGACCACAGUCCGCUAUGACCCGAGCAGGCACGACCACACACAGUUCCCCACAAUUCUUGGUGAGUUAUUGCCAGCACGGGGACGAUACUACUGGGAGACGGUGGUCACUGGCUGUGCUGCGUACAGGCUUGGAGUAGCGUACGAAACAGCCAAUCGCAGCAGCCCACUGGGGCAGAACAGCAAGUCAUGGUGUUUGCAGUGCACCCCCACAGCAUCCAGCUGUGAGUAUCGGUUGCUCCAUGACGGCGUUUGCUCUGACGUGGUGGUGAUUGAGAUGCCAGAGCGGGUGGGUACCCUAAUGGACUAUCAGCAGGGCCGGCUCUCCUUUUACAACGCCCAAAGCGGUCAGCUGUUAGGGAGCCUCAGCCACCGCUUCGCCCAGCCAUGUCACCCUACUCUGGGCCUGGAGCAGCCCGGCAGUCUGGCCAUCAGCAUGGCCCUGGAGGUGCCAGAGUUUGCCAACCACAGCUAGCUGCCAUGCUGAGCUGUCAUUCUUAAUGGUACCGCCUAUUGUUCAGACCGGGAUAAAGUCAGCGGAUACGAUGGGGUAUACAGUUUACAGUAUGCAGUACAAGCAGUAAACCUGAAUCACAAGAUGAAUCACAAGAUUAAAUUAUUCUAAAUUAAAUUGCUUAUUUUAUUACUAAAUUGUUUAUUUUUAGGAUAUUCUAUUCUAUAUUCAAGGUUAUUCUGUUGACCUAACCUGUGUGUAAAUAUGAAACGAAGAAAGCAAGUAGCCUACAUUUAUCACUGAUUCAUAACUGUUUAAAAUAAGACCGUACUGAGUUCUGUUUGCUUUCAAAUUCUUCAGAGAAUGACCCUGCCGGUGGUUUGGUAGAGUUGAAGUAGAAUGCUAUACACAGUCUGCUUUUAUUCCCCCUGCCAUACUUUUUUGUUACUAUAAUGGAUGCAGGUGAGACGCUGUUUUAAUUCUCCUAGUGAAAUAUUUUUUUACAGACGACUUCUGUCUAAACUAUGCUUCCGCCUCAUAAAACGAUCAAUAAUGACUGAAAUCUCAGUGUUUAGUGGUAGAUGUCAAAUACCAAAAGCUCACUUUUGUGUGUUUUGUGAGUAAUUAAUUGUUGUAGCACAUGAUCCGUAUUUCAUAUUGUGAAUAGGUCUCUGCUCUCUGUGUAAAUAACCUCUUCAAACUCUGUUGUAAUGUAAAUGAAAACCCUUACUAAAUCCACUGUCAUGCUUGACUAAGAAAGGUAUUAUUUUUGUAUUUGCUCAACCAAAGUGAAUAAACUUGAAUAAAGAAAUUUGGUUCAAGUUCCCUUGUAUGUACC